AUGAUGGCAGUUUCGAAUACCUUUUUCACGCCACGCCCCUUGUCCGCCAUCUUCCGCCUUCUCGGAGAAAGCAACUUCCGGUUUCGCGAAACUUCCUUCGGGCUAUGUAGGGAGCACCCCGGUACGGUCACAUUUAUUGGAAUAUUUCUCCCUAAAAGUUUGCAGCGAUAUAUUUUCAACUUCCAGGAUAACCUUCCUUUCAUGUAA